GGGGAAAAUAUGAAUAAAACCGAGGACCACUGAAAUCAAUCUUUGUUACUGUGAAUUAUGCAUAGAAAGAGUUUACGUUAGAAGCAACAUUUCAACGGGUUUGGCGAACAUUUUCUAAGGAGAUUAGCUGUUAAGCCUAGGCCUACUUUAUUAAAGUGACAGAAGUCAGAAUCAUUUGCGAGUUGAAUUCUAUUCGAUCUGCACUUUCAUACAAGACAGCAAUCAGACUGAAACUCCCCAUAUUUACCUCCCUGGAACUAUGCGGUGGGUAUUGRAGUGGCUGAUCACUGAAGUGGAAGAACAGGGAUGAAGACUUUCUCCUGUGUGUUUUCCUGCCUGGUUGACAGACUCCCCAUAGAGUUGCUGCUUCUCUCCAUCACAUCCCUUUAGUGUCCAGCUGGUCUUGCCGUCACACCUCGCAGCUUCUCUAACAGUUGGGAACACAAUCUGACAAGAACUCUCAUCCACUCCCUCCCACUCAUCUAGUGGCAUACACACACUUUCACUGUUCUGUCUCGUAGUGGCAGAACACCACUACUAGCCCAUAGCCAGGGUACUCCUACACCUGCACACACACACACACACACACACAUUAUGGCAAGCGUGUUGCCGUACGGCCGCUUCACUCACGCCGUGGUGCGGGGCAUCCCAGAGACCUUUGGGAAGGUUGAUGACGAGAAAAACGACAAGGUCGAAAACGGGGAAACCACGAUGGACCUGGCCAAAGCACAGCGUCAGUUUGGGGUGCUGACGGGGGCUCUGAGACAGAAGGUGGGGCUGCAGCUCAUAGAGAUCCCUGCAGACCCGGAGCUACCAGAGAGCUGGAGGAUAGAGGAUGUAGCGGUGAUACAGGGAGACACGGCACUCAUCACCAGGCCUUUCAAACAGCAGAGACGCAGUGAGACUGAAGCAGUGAGGAGGGUGAUGUCGGAGCUCAACCUGACAGUGGUGGAGAUGGGGGCAGAGGAGGGGGGCUCCGCAGGGGCCACGCUGGAGGGCAGUGACGUGCUCUUCACCGGCAGGGAGUUCUUUGUGGGAAUCUCCUCCCACACCAACCACAGAGGAGCUGAGGUUCUGGCUGACACUUUCAGAGACUUUGCUGUGUCCACGGUGCCAGUGUGUGGGGGAGCUCGUCUAAAGAACAUCUGCUCUAUGGGAGGUCCUGAUACUAUCAUCAUCAGCAACAGUGAUGGGGCCAAGAAGACCCUCCGGAUGAUGGAGCAGCUGACAGAUCACCACUACGAAGUGCUCACGGUCCCUGAGGGUGCAGCAGCUAACUGUGUCUACGUCAGGGGCCCCUCCAAAGUGGACUACCUGCUUCACCCGCCCMCUGAGGAGUGUCCCGAAAGUGUCCCUGCCUUCCAGAAGCUGACGGACUACACCCUCCUCCCUACAGCGUGCAGCGAGGCCUCCAAGCUCGGAGGGUCUCUGUCUUCAUUCUGCCUACUUAUCAACAGGAAGCCAUACUUCUAAAUGCCCYGCUCUUCUCCCAUAGAACACACAUAGACCUUCAUUGACUGUAUGUAAAUACAAAUGUGAACAUAUCAAGGACAUCGCCAACUGUUGGGCAGGGAGCUAAAGAGAAAUUCUUAAUGGGAUCCUUGGGACAUCCCAGAUCUGAAGUUGAAAUUUAAAACGGGUAAGAUAGGGGUAUGGUUAAGGUCAGUGYUUAGGGUAGGGACAUCMCAAGGAGCCCGGCACUACACAGGGCUAGAGGGUUCAAUGUGCAUAUUCUGCACAACUGCACCCCCUACUGUGGAAAGAGAGCAGUGUGGCUUGAU